GUGACAACAGAAACGGGUUACGUCACACGAUGAAGCAAACGCGUCUGUCUUCAAAAACAGGAUCCAAACAACGCUGCCGCUGCGGCUUGCCCGGCUUGUAGCGCAUCCCAUUCGUAUACGCUGCAAUUGACGUUUGUGAACAUCCAAGCCAAUUUGCUUGGUAUUUGUGACAACGCGCCUAGGCCCAACAUUCAUUUCCUUUGCGAGUCGAGCCACCAGCUCUGUAUUAACGUGCUCUUUCACAUACCUUGCUGACAUCCACAUAGCAUUUUGUAAAUAAUUGUCUCCCGAGGCGUAGUCGUUUCUUGAGCCAUGGCGCCGAGAGCACUCGUUUGUCUGGGGCUCUUGCUUGGAGCGGUGGGCUAUGCCUCAGCACUUGCGGGGCUAAAAAUUGACCAAUACAAGGACGACGCGACUGCAACUGCGACGCACGCGAAGUGGCGGACGAAGACGCGCCAGCUCCUGCAGACGGAUGAGGACAGCGUGUGCUAUGAGGGCUGCUUUGACGCGCCCGACGCGCAGACGGACCCGCUGCCGGUGUUCCUGGUGGGCACCACUGACGGCUCGCCCAUGCCGCUGCUGACUUGCUACACUGCCGCGCUGGAGGCCAACCUCACCUACUUUGCCAUUGUUGACGUGACCGACUGCUUCGGCGGCAACGAGAUGGUCCAAGGCUGGGCGCCCGACACCUGCCCCCUGGACUGCGUGCCUGAUGGCGCCCAGCCCGCCAUUUGCGGCGCCAUUAACAAGGCCUCAGUCUUCAGCAUGGGCCUGUGCCAGUACUUGGGCGCGCCCUGCGCACCCGAGGAGGCGCCGCCGCCGCCGCCGCCUCUCACCUUUGACUACUGCUACGAUGGCUGCUACGUGGCCGCUGACCUGGACAGUGACGAGCUCAACACUACCACCUCGGUGGCCGCCUGCCAGGUGCUCAACGCCAACGGCGGCUCUGCCGACCUGUUCGGCAUUACCAACGGCACCGAGUGCCUGGCGCUUUACAGCCCACCCGCGGAGAAAGUCGACAACCUCCUGUGCGACCUGCCUUGUGACGAGGGCACCCCGUGCGGCGCGGACGGCUACAUCGCGGUUUACACCAUGAGCGCCUGCCCGAGCCCGCCUCCUCCUCCCCCGUCUCCUUUUCCGCCCCCGCCCCCCGUUCCUCCCGUGGCCAGUCCCCCUCCUCCCCGCCCCGACACGGCGAUCUCCCCGCCCCCGCCCACUAUCGAGGAGCUCAAUCCGCCCCCGUUCGAGGAGAGCUCUCCCCCUCCCCCUGCUGGCCCCGUCUUCCGCUGCAAGGAGGGCAUCGCUCUGUGGGGCGUGUUCCUGCCCAACACGCCAGUCAAGCUGAACCCCACCAAGUCACAAGCGGAGAACCAGGCUCACUGCGAGGAGCUGUGCGCCGACAACGACGCCUGCCAGGGCUACUACUACAAGACCACCCAGUGGUGCUUCCAGAUGAAGGAGGUGUACUCGUUCGGCAAGGAGUACAGCACGGCCAUCAUCGCCUGCAAGAAGUUCUAGUGGCUUGGUUGCACUGAUAAAGACCGGUGCUUCCAUAGGCAAGCGCCCCUUAGCAUUAUAGGCAGCCGCAGCCGGCUGCAAAUAGACUAGGUCUCCUGUACAUAGUCCUAGCUUCGUAGGAUUUGGUUGGAAAGGGUGCGCCGAAGGCAAUCCGCUGCCUUUAACAGGGUUUAUGUGCGGCCCCAGUUCGGCCCGCCAGCACGUGUUGCGGUCUCGGGAACCUCAAAUGUUCCCCCUGGGCAACCAAAGCUGAACAUGUUAAGUGCGCUUGACUAGCGCAUUGCACGUGAUUACCUUACUGAUACAUGCCGUUGAAAGUUGUGGCUAUGCUGUUUUGGAGGUACCUUGCCUACUCCCUGACGACCUGACGUUACGGGGUAUGAACUGCUCCCACAGCCCUGGCACGUAUGCCGUGGUGCAAUGCAGCGUUUGGUCUGGGGGCCGAAUGCAUGAAGUUGGGUUGGCUAGCUUCACCAUGGUGAGCAAGAAUUAGCCGAGUUUCGUGCACAUGUAGGAUGACACCGUCGGGCUGCGGUCAAGCACUUGGUCGUGAAGCGUUCGCAGUGUCUGUAGGCCCCUAAUCCCCGAUGCUGGCUCAAGUAGUCGCGCCAUCCGCGCGCAAGUGCAGUUCCAUUACAGGCCCAAAUCGACUAAUGUAAUACAUGUCCGCG